AUGGUACAAGUCCGCUUCUCUGAACCCACCAAACUGGCCAAGGACAAUGUCCAAUGGCACGAGUUCUUGUCGUUGGAGUCUCCUCACCCUUAUGGAGUGCUGCCGUCUGGAAAUGCCCUCGUGAAUAAUUCUACAACGACCACAAGUAGAAAUAAUCCCAAGCAAGCCUUUGUGCGACAAUUGCGCGACGAGACAUGGUUGUCCAUUUUGGGCUUUUGCAACGGCUACAGUCUGAGUCGUCUGGUACAAUCGUGUCGGUACUUCUACGUGGCGGGCCAUCAACCGGAAUUGUGGCGUGAUUUGGUACUCUAUCAAUUGCACGCGUCGCAAUCCCAUUUGUCGCGGGACGUCAUGGGAGACUCGUGGAAGGAUUGUUUUAUCAGGUUGCAGCACCAAGGCAAACAAAGACAUUCAAUUCCCCACAAACCGCUGAAAAUAUCUGGUUUUUAUUCCGAUGACCUCUAUCGGUUGCACAGUUGUCGCGCCUUUUGUAUUCCCCCCGCGUGGCUGGAAGAACAUGCACCACUUGACAAUCCACAGCACUGGACAUCGAAAGGACUGGUGCCGUGUAUUGCAGCCGCUACGAUGACAUCGGAGAAAUUUAUUACAGAAUUUGAACAACCCAAUCAACCGGUCGUCAUUAAAGGCGCUGCCACAUCCUGGAAAGCCUGUAAGGAUUGGAAGGACCCUCAAUAUAUGCGACAACAAACCCAGGGGAGAACCUUUCGGGCCACCAGUGGCGCCGCGCCACUCCCCGCCAAUUUUACACUGGAUGCCUUUCAACAGUACUGCUCGCAACCCAUCCUCGAAGAGGCACCCCUCUAUCUCUUUGAUCGGGAAGCACUUCAACCCCACUCGCCACUCCAUGACGACUUUUAUCCCGAUUUGCAACGCACGUGUCCCUACUUGGAUCCCGCUCCAACUCUUUUGGACACUGACGACAAAGUAGGCCACGAUUUGUUCCAAGUACUGGGAGAAGGCAAACGACCCGAUCAUACCUGGGCCAUUUUAGGGGGCAGUCACAGUGGGAGUGUCUUUCACAUUGAUCCCAAUGCCACGCAUGCAUGGAAUGCCGCCAUUUGUGGACGCAAACGAUGGAUCUUUUAUCCACCCUCGAUUACACCACCGGGAAUACAUCCGUCGGCUGAUGGCGACGAAGUGGCAUUGCCGCUGUCCAUUGGGGAAUGGAUCUUGACGUUUUGGAGGGAUCAUCAGGAGCGUAAAAAGAAUGCACCGCCACACGAACGACCACUGGAAUGCACGGCCCAUCCGGGCGAUGUCGUUUUUGUCCCGCACGGAUGGUGGCACAUGGUCAUCAAUCUCGAUCAAGUCAAUAUUGCUAUUACACACAACUAUGUCAGUCGCAGCAACCUGGGAAAUCUAUUGCGAUUUCUACGUCAAAAGGAAGAACAAAUUAGUGGGUGUCGAGAUCGAGCAGAGAGUAUCAAACCGGAACAACUUCACAAUGUCUUUCUCACGGCGUUGCAACAACAAUUUGGAACGGAUGCGCCCUGGUUGGUGGCGGCACAACAGCAGGCAGAAUCGCAUUGGACGUGCAAGGCGUGGAAAGAUGAUGACGACAACAAUAACAACAACAAACAAUCGAGGAAGCGACCAUUGGAAGACACUGGUGCUUCUGGUGUCAAGACGACGACAAGUGUCAUGGCAAAGGCAAAAACAUCCACCAACGUGGAACAAUCUACGACAGUAGCCAGCAAUGCGCCUUUUAGCUUCUCGUUCCUUUGA